UCGCGUCGAAUCAUCUCAUUAUUUUCACCAUGAACCCCCAUCAUUCACCAUCCAUGCUAGAUCAAUCUUCUCAUGGAUACCCUAUGACACAUUAUCCCAUCUAUUCACUGACAUGCUAAACCUCCCUUUACAACACAAUCCCUAUUACCGCUUUCUGGAGAAAAUAUCGUGAAAACCCAAUUAACCUUAUGUAUGGGUAACCCAUAAAUGGUGGUGGCAGCGAUGUAUUUUAAUCUUAUUAUCUAAUGCCUAUUAGUGAUAUUGCAAAUAUUAACGUUAGCAGAUUCUUUGCGAUAGGGUUUAAAUCUAUCGCGCACCUCACGCGUGCGUAUCGCAUAGGUGCUGGGGCCUACAGUAGGUGCCGUUAAUCGAUCACGAACGCUACUUCCAGCUAAGUGACAAUGGAGUCCAACGGUUACUCUCACGCAGAGUCGCUCCUGGAGCCUCUCGCUCACAUCAACCGCGAGCAUCUAGCUGCCAUGGCCGACGCUGCAGUUGCGGAUCAGAACGACUUCAACCCGUCCUCUCCUUCUAGUCCCGGCCAGAAGCGAAAACGUGGUGCGCCUGAUUCGUCACCUGAUGCGCGACGUACGAAACGUGUUGUACCUACUGGAGCUCUCUCGGGUGCUCCUGACGCAGCAUACGUCGAGAGUGCUGUUGAAGCUGCGCAGGCAGCCGCACAAGCAGCAACUAAUGCCGAUUUCACUGCUCUUCAGCAAGCCACAGCCGACCACCACGAUGUUUCUGACCAUGCCAAUGCAUCAAGCACGGCCGCUGCUGCCCUUGGGACAAUGUACCCUACUAUCCAUGUCCCUCAAUCUACCGAAGAGACAUUUGCUGCACAGGCAGCUGCAGAGGCUGAGCAUCACCACGACUCGUCGUUUGCGCACGCUGACAUGCUCCACCCGGACGGUCUCCCUGGGCCAUCUGCGGACAACCUUGCACAGCAGCCUCAGAAUGGCAUUCGUCCGAAUCAACCUUACGGCACUACUUCCUCUUCCAGCUCCAAGCCAGCCGUAGGUUCAGAAGAAUGGCAUAAAAUGCGCAAGGAUAAUCACAAGGAGGUUGAGCGUCGUCGUCGAGAGACCAUCAAUGAGGGCAUCAACGAGCUCGCUAAGAUUGUGCCUGGGUGUGAGAAGAAUAAGGGGUCGAUUUUACAACGUGCCGUAAUCUUUAUUACGCAAUUGAAAGAGAACGAAGCUCAGAACAUCGAGAAGUGGACGUUGGAGAAGUUACUUACGGAACAGGCCAUCCAGGAGCUCAGUGCAUCCAAUGAUAAGCUCAAGCAGGAGUGCGAGAGAGCCUACCGAGAGUUGGCAAUAUGGAAGCAAGUGGCCCAGAACGCCGGGCUCCAACCUCCCCAGUCUAAAGAAGAGUCGUCAUCUUCAUAAGCUUGACUCAGCUGUGGGCGGAUUCGAUGCUCUUUAUACUCGGUGUUUAUUCCUUCUAUACCCUCGGCGACUUCUUUUUUCUACUGCAGCAUCGAUUCUUCCUCAGCAUUGUUCCACUUCUGUACUAUUGUACUGGUGGGUUUGGGUGUCUGCGCGAGUUGAAUGUAUACUCGAUGCAAGGAUCAGCAUCACACAUAUUUGUUUCAAUCGUCCCAUUCACCGGGUCAAUA